ACUUGAUUUUAAAUAAUAGCAAAUUGAAUUGGACUGACGGACAGGGCCUGAUUGAAAACCUCUGUUUUCUGAAGGAGACGACAACCCCAGUUCACUGACAUAGCUGAUUAGCAUUGUGUUUAUAACUGUGGUUCCAGUGCAGCCUGUGAUUAUAUGAUACCCCAGCAAGAUGGAUACAAUCAGGUGGACUUGGAAAGGAAUAAAUAUCCUGCAGGUGCUGUGGUACGCCCUGUCUCAACUCUUCACCAACACAGAGAUUCAGCAGCUUCCAACAAAGAGCUUGGGUCCACUUAACAGCUACAUCAACACAGACAGGCUUGCUGCGUUCCAAGCUGACAAUGGCAUGUACUGGUGCAGUGUGCCUCAUUUAUCAGGCAUGAACAACAUUGAGGCUGCAAGUCCCAUUAUUGAAGAGUGGUGUGUGUUCAAAGUGCUUAGUGCUUCUGAAGGGAAGAUCCUGCUGCAGGACAAGCACGGCAUGUACCUCAGCAGAAUUAACUGGGGAGGUGUUGGUGGGAUUGACUCCAUUAUGGCAAGCAAAGCUAAGCCUGACAUGUUCUGUGAAUUUGAAGUCUUCAUCGACAGUGGGAAAAUUAUCUUGAGAGCUGACAAUGGGAAGUUCCUGUGCAAAGUCGUCCAUGGUUCAAAUAAGAGGAACAUAGAGGCUGACAAAACUGCUCCAGAUGAAUUCUGCAGUUUUGCCGUCAGUAGUGGAGAACAAAAACCACCAACAAAACUUCCAACAAAGAGCUUGAGUCCACUUAACAGCUACAUUAACACAGACAGGCUUGCUGCGUUCCAAGCUGACAAUGGCAUGUACUGGUGCAGUGUGCCUCAUUUAUCAGGCAUGAACAACAUUGAGGCUGCAAGUCCCAUUAUUGAAGAGUGGUGUGUGUUCAAAGUGCUUAGUGCUUCUGAAGGGAAGAUCCUGCUGCAGGACAAGCACGGCAUGUACCUCAGCAGAAUUAACUGGGGAGGUGUUGGUGGGAUUGACUCCAUUAUGGCAAGCAAAGCUAAGCCUGACAUGUUCUGUGAAUUUGAAGUCUUCAUCGACAGUGGGAAAAUUAUCUUGAGAGCUGACAAUGGGAAGUUCCUGUGCAAAGUCGUCCAUGGUUCAAAUAAGAGGAACAUAGAGGCUGACAAAACUGCUCCAGAUGAAUUCUGCAGUUUUGCCGUCAGUAGUGGAGAACAAAAACCACCAACAAAACUUCCAACAAAGAGCUUGAGUCCACUUAACAGCUACAUUAACACAGACAGGCUUGCUGCGUUCCAAGCUGACAAUGGCAUGUACUGGUGCAGUGUGCCUCAUUUAUCAGGCAUGAACAACAUUGAGGCUGCAAGUCCCAUUAUUGAAGAGUGGUGUGUGUUCAAAGUGCUUAGUGCUUCUGAAGGGAAGAUCCUGCUGCAGGACAAGCAAGGCAUGUACCUCAGCAGAAUUAACUGGGGAGGUGUUGGUGGGAUUGACUCCAUUAUGGCAAGCAAAGCUAAGCCUGACAUGUUCUGUGAAUUUGAAGUCUUCAUCGACAGUGGGAAAAUUAUCUUGAGAGCUGACAAUGGGAAGUUCCUGUGCAAAGUCGUCCAUGGUUCAAAUAAGAGGAACAUAGAGGCUGACAAAACUGCUCCAGAUGAAUUCUGCAGUUUUGCCGUCAGUAGUGGAGAACAAAAACCACCAACAAAACUUCCAACAAAGAGCUUGAGUCCACUUAACAGCUACAUUAACACAGACAGGCUUGCUGCGUUCCAAGCUGACAAUGGCAUGUACUGGUGCAGUGUGCCUCAUUUAUCAGGCAUGAACAACAUUGAGGCUGCAAGUCCCAUUAUUGAAGAGUGGUGUGUGUUCAAAGUGCUUAGUGCUUCUGAAGGGAAGAUCCUGCUGCAGGACAAGCACGGCAUGUACCUCAGCAGAAUUAACUGGGGAGGUGUUGGUGGGAUUGACUCCAUUAUGGCAAGCAAAGCUAAGCCUGACAUGUUCUGUGAAUUUGAAGUCUUCAUCGACAGUGGGAAAAUUAUCUUGAGAGCUGACAAUGGGAAGUUCCUGUGCAAAGUCGUCCAUGGUUCAAAUAAGAGGAACAUAGAGGCUGACAAAACUGCUCCAGAUGAAUUCUGCAGUUUUGCCGUCAGUAGUGGAGAACAAAAACCACCAACAAAACUUCCAACAAAGAGCUUGAGUCCACUUAACAGCUACAUUAACACAGACAGGCUUGCUGCGUUCCAAGCUGACAAUGGCAUGUACUGGUGCAGUGUGCCUCAUUUAUCAGGCAUGAACAACAUUGAGGCUGCAAGUCCCAUUAUUGAAGAGUGGUGUGUGUUCAAAGUGCUUAGUGCUUCUGAAGGGAAGAUCCUGCUGCAGGACAAGCACGGCAUGUACCUCAGCAGAAUUAACUGGGGAGGUGUUGGUGGGAUUGACUCCAUUAUGGCAAGCAAAGCUAAGCCUGACAUGUUCUGUGAAUUUGAAGUCUUCAUCGACAGUGGGAAAAUUAUCUUGAGAGCUGACAAUGGGAAGUUCCUGUGCAAAGUCGUCCAUGGUUCAAAUAAGAGGAACAUAGAGGCUGACAAAACUGCUCCAGAUGAAUUCUGCAGUUUUGCCGUCAGUAGUGGAGAACAAAAACCACCAACAAAAGAUGGUGUUUGAGACCAGAUUGAGUUCAAGACUGCAGGACCCCACAAGCACUUGGCAUUAUCAAUUACUGUUCCACAUCCCUUUUCACCUGAUGUAACUACACAGCUACACUGCUUUCAAAAUGAAAUCUGGGAACACAGUGGAGAGAGUGCAAAGAAGAAGAACCAGACUAACCCUAGCGCUCAAUCAAUUAAGCUGCAAACAUAAGCUUUUUUAACAUAAUUUGCAUCAUUUGGUUUUGUUAAAAUAUAAUGAAGCAGUAUGUUAUUGAUAGGAUUAUUCAGCUUCAGAGAUGUGAUAUUACUGUAUGCUUGUAGUGGGUGUUUUAGACUGAAAUGUAACCAUAUUUGUAACACGUAUUCAAAUACUAAAAUGCAUUGCAACUAUAGGCCUAUACACAUGCAUAUUGCUGAAAUAGUAUUAAUACUGUUAGCUUGUUUAAAAAAAUACGCCAGACUGCCUGGAUUGUCUCAAAAAAGAAAAGCUAAAAGAAUUCAAAGCAGAUUUGUAUAACGCUCGAUUUAAAAUAAAACCAAAGCAUAUUUUA